AUGAAAAGAAUUGUUAUAAACAAAGAUAUACUGCAAAAAUUAUGCAAAUCUCUACCGUCACCUGGCGAAAGUUCUAGAGACAACACAGGACAAAGUUUUUUUAAAACAAAUUCGACUCCAACAGAUUUUAUAGUACAUGGGAGUGAUGGCAAAAAAGCUGUGGAAGAGUGGGAUAAAUUAUGUGCGAGUCAGUCAAUAUUAUCAUCAACCAUGCAAUUUCAAGAAAAGAACGAACCUACACAGAAGACAUCAUCAACUAGUUUAACAGAAAAACGAUGGAAUCACAAUUUAGCUGUAUUAUUUGCUUUCCCAGUAUAUAAAUCUUGCAAUAAAAGUUUUUAUAUAUUUAGUCAGACAUUGGGAUCAUCAUGCACAAUUACAAAACCAAAACAACAAAAAAACCCUAUUAUUUCAUCAGAAAAAGGUCAGACAUUGGGAUCAUCAGGUAACAUAACGAAAUCAAAAUUUCAACCGCCACAAAAACAACAACAAAAAAACACCAUCAGUUUAACAGAAAAGGGGUCUAGGUGGCAAGAGGGUGACUUACUGAUCCUGAUGAAGGAGAUAUCAGUAAGAAACCCCUUUCAAACAAAGAAAGGAUCACCGCAAAGAAGAAUGGCAUGGCAAGACAUUGCAGAAAAUUGCGAGAAGUCAAGCAUAACAAUUCCUGUUUCCGAAAGAGUGGUGAGAGAGAGGUUCCAGAUAGUAAAAGACAAGUUUUUAAGAAAAAUGAGGGCAGAAGAAAAAGGCAGUGGAAUCACAUGUACAUACAGUGAGUUGGAGCAGUUGAUGCAGGAUUUAAUUGAUUUAGAGCGCGACUGUGAGAAAGAAGCAACUGAGAGUAAAAAAGAAAACACAGAACAUGACCGCAAAAAAGCUAUAAAUAUAAGGAAAAGGUGUAUGGAAAGAAUGGGAGAUCCAGGAAAAAGAAAAAAAAAACAAGGAUAAUGACAGGAUGGAUUUUUUUAGAGAAAGGAAUGAAUCUAUGAUGAGAGAUAGAGAGGAGGAAAGGAAGCUGAGAAAGGCGGAAUUGGACUUAAGAAAGGAAGAGACUGGUUUAAUGAAAGACCAGCAGAAACUUUUUCAAGAUUCAUUACUGCAAAUGCAAGCUCAACAGAGCCAAAUGAUGCAGUUGCUGUUACAGAAACUUGAAAAAUAAAACGUUUAUGUAUUUUAUAAAGAAUUUAUGAAUUUGCUGUCCGUAAGCGUAUAAAUUAAUGCAGGAUAAAUUUUUGCGAUAUUAAUUUUUGCGAUUAAACGUCCAAAAAAAAGAGUUUUACGGGAUUUAUUUUUGCGAAUUGAGCUCUCAGCAAGAAAAUAUACAUUUGCCUCAAUAUUGUUUCUUAGAAGAUUUGUGGCUAUAAAAAUAGCCGUUUUAAUUUCAAUCAUCCAGAUAAAUACGCUUCUAAUGUUGGGGGCUGGCAGUUAAAAAAUGUUGAUGUGCAAGAGCCAUAAAUACAGGUCCUUGCAUUACUUAAGAGAGCAGAUGCAAUAUACUGUUUUGAAACAGCACUUAAACCUAUCUUUUGCAUCUUUGAGUAGUCUGUAAAUUUGAAUCUUUCGAUAACAUCACCAAACACCCAUUCAACUGACACCCUGACUGAUGACAUGCGCUCAUUAUAAACACGUUCUUCUUCCAAUAGGGGAUUUUUAAAACCUGUUUGUAGCUGCUCCCUAUGAGGAUAUGCAGGGUCACCAUAAACACAUAAAACUGUGCCAUCAGGAGCAAUUGAAUAUCUUUGGAGAAUAUCCAUAAAGCCAGAUUGUGCAAGAAGGUAACAAUCAUGUCUCGAGCCUUCAAUUGGACCAAACAAAUUCGCAAUGAGACCAUUGGGAGUGGAAACAGAUUGCAUUUUGUAGCCAUGGUGUCUUUUAUGGCCACUGUACAUGGCUUUCUGAUCUGUACCUGGUCGAGCAAUCCCCCUUAAAGUGCCAUCAAUAAAACCCCAACAGUUAUCAAGUGGGGCACCUUUUGCGUGUAUACAGUCUGCAAAAUCUUUCAAAGCAUCCUUUGACAACCACGCCUGAUUGAAUGAUGUGAGAAGUCGUCCAAAUCUAUUGUGUAUGAUAUCCAAAGUUCUGUUAAAUAUGUAGGACAUAUCAGGUACAGACCGCCCAAACCGCGGAAUAAGAUCUGAAAACCUACAUGGAAAGGCAAGGCGACGCAAAGUCAAACAUAAGGCCUCCAUUGGGUCUAUGGUCAACCGAUUUUCUGUUUUAACUCUUUCACCUGACAACCCUAGGGCAUCACACAAACGUAACAAAUCUGUCUUUCUAAAUCUAAAAUCUGCCCAACAUUCAUCAUCUGACCAAUUAUCAAGAGAAAAUUUAUCUUGCUCCCAAUAGGGAAACACAGGAUUUUUCUUUUUAUUUCGUGUUUCGUCAAGAAAAAAAAAAUAUUC